CAGGGCCGGGCGGCGGAGGCUCCAAUGAGCGCGCGCCGCGUCCGGGGCCGGCUGGUGCGCGAGACGCCGCCGAGAGAUUGGUGGCUAAUGUAACAGUUUGCAAACCGAGGGGAGUUGUGAAGGGCGCGGGCUUGGGGGUGCGCUGCCGGCCUCGUGGAGGCACAAUGGCAGCCACCGUCAGGAGGCAGAGGCCGAGGAGGCUAGCCUGUUGGGCUGUGCUGGCUGUGCUCUUGGCAGACCUGUUGCCGCUCAGUGACACACUGGCGGUCAUGUCUGUGGACCUGGGCAGUGAAUCCAUGAAGGUGGCCAUCGUCAAACCCGGAGUACCCAUGGAAAUUGUCUUGAACAAGGAAUCCCGGAGGAAAACCCCAGUGACUGUGACCCUGAAAGAAAAUGAAAGAUUCUUUGGAGACAGUGCAGCAAGCAUGGCCAUCAAGAAUCCAAAGGCGACGCUGCGUUACUUCCAGCACCUCCUGGGGAAGCAGGAGGGAAACCCCCAUGUGGCCCUCUACGGAGCCCGUUUUCCAGAGCAUGAGCUAGGCUUCGAUCCACAGAGGCAGACUGUGCACUUCCAGAUCAGCCCGCAGCUACAGUUCUCACCUGAGGAGGUACUUGGCAUGGUUCUCAAUUACUCCCGUUCCCUGGCUGAGGACUUUGCAGAGCAGCCCAUCAAGGAUGCAGUGAUCACGGUUCCAGCCUUCUUCAAUCAGGCUGAGCGCCGAGCUGUGCUGCAGGCUGCUCGCAUGGCUGGCCUCAAAGUGCUACAGCUCAUCAAUGACAACACCGCCACGGCUCUCAGCUAUGGUGUCUUCCGCCGGAAAGAUAUCAACACGACUGCCCAGAACGUCAUGUUCUAUGAUAUGGGCUCUGGCAGCACCGUGUGUACCAUCGUAACCUACCAGACAGUGAAGACUAAGGAGGCAGGGAUGCAGCCACAGCUGCAGAUCCGGGGCGUGGGAUUUGACCGCACCCUGGGGGGCCUGGAGAUGGAGCUCCGGCUGCGUGAGCACCUGGCUAGACUUUUCAACGAACAGCGCAAGGGCCAGAGAGCAAAGGACGUGCGGGAGAACCCCCGGGCCAUGGCCAAGCUGCUACGGGAGGCAAAUCGACUCAAAACUGUCCUGAGCGCCAACGCUGAUCACAUGGCACAGAUCGAGGGCCUGAUGGAUGAUGUGGACUUCAAGGCAAAAGUGACCCGAGCAGAGUUUGAAGAGUUGUGUGCUGAUUUAUUCGAGCGAGUACCUGGGCCCGUACAGCAGGCCCUCCAGAGUGCCGAAAUGAAUUUGGAUGAGAUUGAGCAGGUGAUCCUGGUCGGUGGGGCCACACGGGUCCCUAAAGUUCAGGAGGUGCUGCUGAAGGCUGUGGGCAAGGAGGAACUAGGGAAGAACGUCAACGCAGAUGAAGCAGCUGCCAUGGGGGCUGUGUACCAGGCAGCCGCGCUCAGCAAAGCCUUCAAGGUGAAGCCGUUUGUGGUCCGAGAUGCGGUGAUCUACCCCAUCCUGGUGGAGUUCACAAGGGAGGUGGAGGAGGAGCCUGGGGUUCGCAGCCUGAAGCACAAUAAGCGUGUCCUCUUCUCCCGAAUGGGGCCCUACCCUCAACGCAAAGUCAUCACCUUUAACCGCUACAACCAUGACUUCAACUUCCACAUCAACUAUGGCGACCUGGGCUUCCUGGGGCCUGAGGAUCUUCGGGUAUUUGGCUCCCAGAACUUGACCACAGUGAAACUAAAAGGUGUGGGUGAGAGCUUCAAGAAGUAUCCUGACUACGAGUCCAAGGGCAUCAAGGCUCACUUCAACCUGGAUGAGAGCGGCGUGCUGAGCCUCAUCAAGGUGGAGUCUGUGUUUGAGACACUGGUGGAGGACAGCCCGGAAGAGGAAUCUACUCUGACCAAACUUGGCAACACCAUCUCUAGCCUGUUUGGCGGUGGUACGACACCAGACGCUAAAGAGAACGGUACAGACUCUGUCCAGGAGGAAGAGGAAAGCCCUGCCGAGGGGAGUAAGGAUGAGCCCGGAGAGCAGGCGGAGCUCAAGGAGGAGGCCGAGGCCCCAGUGGAGGAUACUUCUCAGCCCCCACCCACUGAGCCUAAGGAGGAUGCAGCCCCUGAGGAAGAGAAGGCUGCAGAAAAAGAAAAGGAGGAAAAGUCUGAGGCCCAGAAGCCAAGUGAGAAAAAAGAAGCAGGGUCUGAGCCUGUGCCUCCAGCCCCAGAGGAAGAAAAGAAGCAGAAGCCUGCCCGGAAGCAGAGAAUGGUAGAGGAGAUUGGGGUGGAGCUGAUGGUUCUGGACCUGCCUGACUUGCCGGAGGAUGAGUUGGCCCGCUCGGCGCAGAAACUUCAAGACUUGACACUCCGAGACCUAGAGAAGCAAGAACGGGAAAAGGCUGCCAACAGCUUGGAAGCUUUUAUCUUUGAGACCCAGGACAAACUGUACCAGCCCGAGUACCAAGAAGUGUCCACUGAGGAGCAGCGUGAGGAAAUCUCUGGGAGGCUCAGUGCAGCCUCCACCUGGCUGGAGGACGAGGGCUUUGGGGCCACCACAGUGAUGCUGAAGGAGAAGCUGACUGAGCUGAGGAAGCUGUGCCACGGGUUGUUUUUUCGGGUGGAAGAGCGCAAGAAGUGGCCUGAACGGCUGUCUGCCCUUGAUAAUCUCCUCAACCAUUCCAGCAUGUUCCUCAAGGGUGCCCGGUUGAUCCCAGAAAUGGACCAGAUCUUCACUGAGGUGGAAAUGACAACAUUAGAGAAAGUCAUCAAUGAGACCUGGGCUUGGAAGAAUGCAACCAUGGCUGAACAGGCCAAGCUUCCCGCCACAGAGAAGCCCGUGUUGCUCUCAAAAGACAUCGAGGCCAAGAUGAUGGCCCUGGACCGUGAGGUGCAGUAUCUGCUCAAUAAAGCCAAGUUUGCCAAGCCCCGGCCUCGGCCCAAGGACAAGAACGGGACCCGGGCAGAGCCUCCCCUCAAUGCCAGUGACCAAGCAGAGAAGGUCAUUCCUCCACCAGGCGAGACUGAAGAUGCAAAGCCCAUUUCAGAACCUGAGAAAGAGACUCCAGGAUCCGAACCGACAGAUGCCGAACCUCUGGAGCUAGGAGGUCCUGGAGCAGCAGAACCAGAGCAGAAGGAGCCGCCCACAGGACAGAAGCCAACUUUGAAGAAUGAUGAACUAUAACCCCCCUGCCCCAGGUCCCCAUUCAUCCCGCUCCCUUCUCCUACCUCCUCUAUUUAUUAAACAUCGGGGGGAGGGGUUGCUCCUGCCCUCAGAGGC